GGAAACAGAGGCAAGAGAGGCAGAGCAGGGAAGAAGAACAGAUUCCGAGAAAGAGGUAAAAAGGCGAAGCUGCUCCGCCUUUUCCCCCUCUUCUUUUUGGUUUCCCGCUGCCUCUUCUUGGAAGAAGAAACAGAGUUCAGACUUCAGAGGCUUCGAUUGAAGACUUGCCAUAUCUCGUCUCGUCAUUUCCAUGCGUAGAGACAUAGUGUGAAAAAGAAAAAAGAACAAAAAGAAAAAAAGGAGAAGAAAUGGCACAAGAUUCGCAGAGAAUCGUGAUACCAGAGGCGCUGCAGCUGUCGAGGGAUGACAUCGGGGUUCAAUUUGCGCUGAUGUGGGAGUUCGUCAAGGCUCCGUUGAUUGUUCCCUUGCUGCAGCUCGGGGUCGUGAUUUGCUUAAUCAUGUCGCUGAUGCUCUUCUGCGAGAGGGUUUACAUGGGCAUCGUCAUCGUCCUGGUCAAGCUCUUCUGGAAGAAGCCUGAAGAGCGUUACAAUUGGCAGGCAUUGCAGGAGGACAUGGAGUCCGGUAACUCCGACUUCCCCGCCGUUCUCAUCCAAAUCCCCAUGUUCAACGAACGAGAGGUUUACAAGCUCUCCAUUGGAGCUGCAUCGAAUCUAUCUUGGCCAGCGGAUCGUCUGGUGAUCCAAGUCCUCGACGACUCGACGGACCCUGAAAUCAAGCAAAUGGUCGAAUUGGAAUGCCAGAGGUGGGCGAGCAAAGGAAUCAACAUCCGGUACCAAAUCCGAGAGAACCGGGUCGGGUACAAAGCCGGAGCGCUGAAAGAAGGCCUGAAACGGAGCUACGCCAAGCACUGCGAGUACGUCGCCAUCUUCGACGCCGAUUUCCAGCCGGAGCCGGAUUACCUCCGCCGCGCCAUCCCGUUCCUCGUCAAUAACCCCGAGAUUGCCCUCGUCCAAGGCCGCUGGCGAUUCGUGAAUGCGAACGAGUGUCUGCUGACAAGGAUGCAAGAGAUGUCGUUGGACUAUCAUUUCACUGUGGAGCAGGAGGUCGGGUCAGCCACCCAUGCCUUCUUCGGUUUCAAUGGUACGGCGGGAGUAUGGAGAAUAGCAGCGAUUAAUGAGGCCGGUGGUUGGAAGGACAGAACCACCGUGGAAGAUAUGGACCUCGCUGUCAGGGCCAGCCUCCGCGGCUGGAAGUUUGUCUACCUCGGCGACCUUCAGGUGAAGAGCGAGCUGCCCAGCACAUUCAAGGCCUUCAGGUUCCAGCAGCACAGGUGGUCGUGCGGGCCGGCAAACCUGUUCAGGAAAAUGGUGAUGGAGAUCGUGAGGAACAAGAAGGUCCGGUUCUGGAAGAAAGUAUACGUCAUCUACAGCUUCUUCUUCGUCAGGAAGAUCAUAGCCCACAUGGUCACAUUCAUCUUCUACUGCGUCGUGCUUCCCCUGACGAUUCUGGUUCCUGAGGUUCAGGUUCCCAUUUGGGGAGCGGUCUACAUUCCCUCGGUCAUCACGAUCCUGAACUCCGUGGGGACUCCGAGGUCGAUUCACUUGCUGUUCUACUGGAUCCUGUUCGAGAAUGUCAUGUCGUUGCACCGCACCAAGGCUACAUUGAUCGGGCUCCUUGAAGCUGGCAGGGUUAACGAGUGGGUUGUUACAGAGAAGCUUGGGAACACUCUGCAGAAGGUUGCUGAUGCUGCCAAGAACAAGACUUCUGCUGCCAAGGCUGUCAAACGACACCGGUUCAGGUUUGCCGAGAGGUAAUUUUAGUGGCUACAAAAUUUUGGAUUCUCUUCUCUAAUUGAUUCUUUCUUGGCCCAUCUGCCCAUUAUAUUAUACAUGACCAAAUCCAACUCUCUUAAAGAUCAGAUUUUUCUAGUUAGAAUCUAUCUUUGCAGUGUGUUGAAGACCACUCAUUGACUUGAGAGAGUGAUGUAGAAUAGAUAAAAGGGUUAGGUAUGUGUCUGGUUGACCUGUUUCUGGGGUUCAGUUAUAGUUAGUAGAGAUGAUGAAGUGGCUUCUCUGCCAUUCACCUAACCCUUUUGGGAAACUAUGGUAACGACAUUUGGAUAUGAGACCCUUUUGGUUGAUAUUGUGGUUCUGAUUGUGGUUGUUGUUUUGGGGACAGGUUGAACAAAACAGAGCUGGUAUUUGCACUGUUCCUCUUCAUCUGUGGCUGCUAUGAUUAUGUCCAUGGGAAGAACAACUACUUCAUAUACCUAUUCCUUCAGACCAUUACCUUCUUCAUAGCAGGAGUCGGCUACAUUGGCACCAUCAUCUAAAAAGACAUGGCUACUAGAGAGUGCUCCCCAGAUGGAAGAAGAUGAAAGAACUGUGGUUCGGGGCGCAAGCCUACAUUUUGUUUGUUGUUCUUCAGCAGUGAAGGGAUAACCUUGGGAGCAUCUUUAGAUUGCAGACUGCCUGCUGGUUUUUGUUUUUUGUUUUUGGGUUUUAGAUUUACUCUAAGUUGGCUAAAACAGACAGGUGAUCUCUAUUCACAGAGAGCUUUUAAGUUUGGAGUGUAAAAAAAUAUCAUUACUAGUUGAAACUAGAAGGUUAAGGUCAUAGAUAGUUGUUUUUUUUUACCAUAAAGAGGGGGGUUGAAGAAAAAGAGCAU